UCUGCUGUUCCCAUGCCGACUGCCGCUAGCGUCUGUCCCCUCCCUCUCUCCCCCCCGCCCCCCACCAUCAUACGGAGAGCGCCGAGAGACAGAAGAGGCCGGGGCGGCUGGGCGAUGAAACGCGCUUCUGCUCCGGGAUGGAGGGGCCGGGGCAGCCAGAGCCUGAAGAAGUAAGAAUGACUGAAGUGCAAGAGCCUGUUGAAUCACCAGCAGCAGUGAUUGAGUCACCUGGGGACCAGUCACCUAUAGUCGAAUUGCCAACAUCAGUGGACCAGUCACCUACAGAUGAAUUGCCAGAGUCUGUGGCUGGAUUACUCAUGGUUGAAUUGCCAGAGUCCGAGACUGAAUCAUCUGUGGCUGAAUUGCCAACAACUGUGGUCAAAGUACCUGUGUAUGAAUUGUCACCAUUUGUGGGCAAGCCACCUGUGGCUGAAUCAGCAGAGACUGUAGUCGAAGCACCUGUGGUUGAAUCAGCAGCAGAGGUUGAAUCCCCAGAAGCUGAAGAGCCGAUGGUGUAUGAAGACCCCUUUGAAGUUUCCCUUAUGUACAUGGAGAAACAUAACAUUCUGCAGAUAUUUCAGGAGAUCACUGAAAACUUGGUGUAUGAGAAGCCCGAUGACCCCCUGCAGUUCAUGUUGCUGCAGGUGCAGUCCAUGAUGAACAAGCAGCUGGAAAUGGAGGAGGAGGAAGAGGAAGAGGAGGAGCUGGCCGGUGACAGCUUCUACACAGCAGAGAACUUUCCUGGUGGCCAACAGUGACCUUGGCAACAUGGUUGUUAGCACAGGGCCUCUGGCCAGCACUGCACUCUCAUGCUUGGUGAAAAUGGUUUUGAACAGGUCUGAUGGUAACUGAGCUUCCUGGCUUCUCUUGUUCUGGGUGCUGUGCUUCCAACUGCUUGUAAAUUAUGCAA